GUAGUCCCCUCCCGCGGACUUUGCGACAGUGCCGUAAGGCAGCCCCUCGCACCGUCGCGACUCCGCUGUGCGUGCGGUAGCCGCCGGACGGAAGCCAUGGCGGCCUUGCGACCGCCGAGGAGGUUCCUCCUUCGUCUCUGCCGCGCUUUCUCCGGCGGCGGCUGCCAGCUCGUCCCCGAGCGCGGCGGUGAGCGCAGGGAUGCCGCGCCGAGCCGGGUCUCAAGAUUCUGCCCUCCAAGAAAAUCUUGCCAUGAUUGGAUAGGACCCCCAGAUAAAUAUUCAAACCUUCGACCUGUUCACUUCUACAUCCCUGAAAAUGAAUCACCAUUGGAACAAAAGUUAAGAGAAUUAAGACAAGAAACACAAGAAUGGAACCAACAGUUCUGGGCAAACCAGAAUUUGACUUUUCUUAAGGAAAAAGAAAAAUUUAUUGACUCAAGACUAAAAGCCAAAGGCCUGGAACUGAGAGCUGAAUCAGGUCAAAAAGCAACAUUGAAUGCAGAAGAAAUGGCUGACUUUUACAAGGAAUUUUUAAGUAAAAAUUUUCAGAAGCACAUGUAUUAUAACAGGUAGAAGUUGCUAUCAGCUUAGUGUUUGCACUUUUAAAUAAAAAUGACAGCUUCAAGUUACUUGCAUGGCAGCCCUAUAGCAGCUUGCACCCCUAGUGCAUAGACAGUGGGUUCACAGCACUUCCCACUGAAAGGAGCCUGGACUCCAUGGAGGAGCACAGUCUGGGGCAGGAGCAGCACGAGAGGAGUCGAGACAUCUUGUGUUUGAAAGAGAGGAAGCUCGGAGCCCAGCGGGGUCGUGUGAGAACAGCACAGAAGGCGACUCGCGGGGCUCCCGUAGGCCAGAGGCAAAGCCAUUGUAGCCACACAAAGAAAAUGACGGCUGUGGAUUAAAAAUCUAUCAAAUACACUAACAUCUUUGCGAUCAUAAUGACACUGAGUGGCUCACAGGCACCGCGGGGUAUUGCUAGGCAGCCAACCCAUGGUUCUGAAAAUCCAUUAGUGAAGGAGCGCCUCCAAAGAACAGUCACCUCUCCUGCCUUUCCUGCACCGACUGGAUUCCAGGGUAGCCAAACGAAGGAGCAUUUUUCUUGGUAGAAGAAUGACAGCUGACGGAGGAGUGCUGGAGUUAGAUCUGGGCCUGAUCACCCCGCAGCUGCUAACCGCUCGGCAGCAGGGCUGAUGGGCACUUCAUAAUGGACGGGUCGGGCUGAUCGCACCUGAACCCCUGGUUCCUCUUUGCACUGUGCGGAGUGGGGCAGCGGCCUGCCUGCACUUCUGUGAGGUGUCCUUACCAAACAAGGGGACUGCAGUCUGGCAGGCCUCCGGGUCUAAUACCAGGUUACAGGAACAAGAUAAAAGGGUGUGUUGGGGGGGGUGGAGAGAGCAGGUCACAGACCGUGCUUAAAUCGUAGCCUGAAGAUACAGUCCCAGAUGUUGGAAAUUCUGCAAGACAGACGAUCCAGUUUCAACCAGUAACUAGGAUUAAAAAAAAAAAAAAGGACAGCUUAAAGUUAUUUGCAUGGCAGCCCUAAAGCAGCUUGCACCCUUAGUGCGUAGACAGUGGGUUCUACACGGGGGAGCUAAUAUUAUAGGAUAAAAGAGGCUUCAUGCAGUGUGUAGACAAUGUUUGGAUCCUAAUACAGGCAAACCACCUAUAAAAAGGUAUUUUUGACAAUCAGUCAAAGAAAACCGAACAGUGACUGUGUAUUAGGUUGUAUAGAUAAGUUAUUGUUCAUUUUAUCAGAUACAAUGAUGGUAUUGUGGUUAGGUGUUUUUAAAAAAGGUUUUGACGAUACAUAGUGAUGUGUAUUCCUAGGUGUGACGACAGGACGUGGCGUUUGAGAUUUGCUGUGACAUUCAUAGGGCAAUGGCCAGGCCGGAUGGGCGGGUGGGGCAGGGUCUAGACAGUGGGGUGAUCGUCGAGUCUGGAGAAGCUCUUGAGUGACACUCAGGCAUAAAGCCCAGUCCUGCAGCGUCCAGAGUCUGUUGCUAAUGCUGUCAUGUGUCACUCUGAGCUAGCUGAGUUAUUCAGUCAAGCCAGUAUUAGUUAGAUUUCCCUGGACCUUUGAUUUCUGGCGUGGACACGGCAUGUUUGCAUCUUGCUUCCUCUCCGGUAAGCUUGAUGUUUUCCGUGUGGCACUCUGAGUAGAGAGAGGGUCGGACAGCAGUAGAGCCUGCGCGCUCCCCCUCUGUGCCCGCACCACCUCCUGCCCCUGCUUUCCUUACGGAAGUGGGAACAGCUGAGUUUGUCUUUUCCACUCUCCCAGUUCAGGUUGUCUGUAUCGGUGGAGUGGAAUCUGGCUUUUCCCUAGUAACCUAAGAACUUUAAUCUCGGUGGGAUACCAGUUUUCUUUUUUCCGGAAGCCUUUUUUAUUUAUUUAGGGCGUUGCUUCCCAUUUAUAGCAUCAUUGAAGUGGAUAGAAACGUAAGGAUCGUUCUCGUGUGGAGAGGGGUUUUCUGUCCAGCUGUGCAAAGGCUCCAGGAAACGGGCAUUUUUGCCUCUUGCUACUGCUUCACUCAAGCCCUUGGUUAUUCUCCAUUCUUCUAUGCUGAGAUCCAGUCAGCCGUUUGAGUCCAGUCUGGAAUAGCAGUUCCAUGUCCCUCAUUAGCUCAUUUGGACCCAAAGCACUGGCACUUGCUGGCAUUUCAGCUUCCAAGGGCUCAGCACUGAGAGUCUGGAAUGUGUGCUUUCCGUUGUGGAAACUUGCCAAGUUUUGCCCAUUCAGCUGCUGACAAUGUGGUGAAUUUGCAAGUUCUGACAUGUUCUGUAGAGUAAUUCACAGGCAAGUGAGCCUAUGACAGCGUGUAACUCCAUCCCAGUAUUUGUAUGAGAAGUUCUGGAAUAUCCCUUUCGAGACACAAGUUACCCAAAAGUUCAGAUCAUCAAGAAAAAGAAGAUAAUGAAACUUGAUGAUGUUGGCACCUGCGAUAAGUUAGCUUCUCAAGACGGAGUGCUUUUGUCAUGUGCUUCUUAUGCAAUUAAGGUGCCAAAGCCUGGGGGUCCCCACUGAGUUCUUGCAGAGCCUCCAGUCCUUCUCUGAGAGGUUACGCCCCCAUCGCUCUACAGUUGUGUCUCUGAGAGAAUGCCGCUGGGCUCUGGGGGCCCCAAGGCUUCCGAGAGCUCUUUCUGUGUCUUCUAGCAAAAACUGAGGAAGGCUGCAGCAGCCUCCAGGAGUGGGAAAAGCGGGGUCGGGGUGCCCUGGGCACAUCAGCCUGAUGAAAAUCCGGGUGGAAGGCAGGCAGGCUUUUACGGGCAGUCUAGCUUUAAAGAGGGCGGGGAAUGGCAGAGAUGGUGGGGAAGGGUGGAAGAGGAGACAGUCGGAUGCCUGAGCGUGGGUCACGUGUGCUUGUGCUGUUCUUCUUCAGGGACUGGUACAAGCGUAAUUUUGCCAUCACCUUCUUCAUGGGAAAAGUGGCCCUGGAGAGGAUUUGGAACAAGCUUAGACUGAAACGAAAGAAGACCAGCAAUUAGGAGCCCACCCUGACCCACCCGCCCAGCGUCUAAGUUUCCACGAGAAGCAGCUGCUUAUAGGAGCUCGUUUUACGAGGGCUCUAAGAGCUGUGUGUGCAGGGCAGGCUGGGAGGACGCGGGUCCUGGUGCGCUGUGGCCCACGUGGCUCCGUCCUGACUGUGGAUUCCAAGCUGGCUCUUGGUCAUGGAAGUGAUGUUAAAUAAAACCCAAGCACUGUG